UGCGCCAACAGCAGCAGCAGCAGCAGCAGCAUGGUUGAUGUUUGUGCUCCGGUAACCGGCACCUCUCGAGCUGAUGACUUCGAACGAUCAUAACACGCAACGCAGCGACCGGGUGUGCACGUGUUUGCUACAGUUUGGUUCGCUCUUCGGAACGUGCAUGUCGUGCGAUCAGUACCUUCAGUGAACCUUCAAAACGAUGGUAGUGCUUAACAGUGCUUUAGUGUCUUGGUGAUUUCUUGGUGUGCUUUGAACGAGUUUAUGAAUAUUAUCAGUUGUGAUUAAACUUUGCUAGAAGUGCUAUUGUUUCACAAAAUCUGUUUAGUGCUUUUUGCAACCGGAAGAGUGCACAGUGUUUUAACUUUAACCUUACUAAUCGAGAAUGAAUCAGUCAUCGAUGGCCGAAGAGCCACAGUGUCACAUAAUGGAUAAAAACAUCGAUUUCCACAUCGUCCAGCUGUUCGAACGGUUGGAAACGCUCCGGAAGGAUCCUGGUCCCAAGUUAUCGCUAUCCGUGCAAGGGCGGGCCAACAUGCACAAGGAACUUCGCACACUGGAGCUUUGGAGAUCGGUCACGUCGGAGUGUUUGGCUUCGUUCUUCUACGUGUUUGUUGUCUGCGGUGCAGCUGCCGGUGCGGGUGUCGGUGCGAGCGUGUCCUCGCUACUGCUGGCAACAUCGCUGGCGUCCGGGCUGAUCGUCAUCGUACUGACGCAGUGCUUUCUGCACGUCUCAGGCGCACAUAUAAAUCCAGCUGUCACCAUGGCCCUGGCGGUGACACGAAAGAUAUCGGCGCUUCGUGCCAUCCUCUACAUUACGGCCCAGUGCGGUGGAUCGAUAGCCGGUGCUGCCAUGCUGUACGGCGUAACAGUUCCGGGUUAUCAAGGUAAUCUACAGGCAGCUGUUUCGCACAGUGCUCAGCUAGCGCCCUGGGAACGAUUCGGGGUCGAGUUUAUCCUGACGUUCAUCGUCGUCCUGGCGUACCUCAUCUCGACCUGUUCCUUCAAGAAGUACUUCGGCUCGUCCGCGAUCGUCAUCGGUGCGGCGUACAGUGCGUGCAGCUUUGUUUCGAUGCCCUAUCUUAAUCCAGCCCGCUCGCUGGGUCCAUCGUUUGUGCUGAACAAAUGGGACAAUCAUUGGGUGUACUGGAUUGGGCCGUUCUUUGGAGGUAUUAUUGCCGGUCUGAUACAUCAGUUUGUGUUCACACCGAAGCAAAAGUCGAAGGGAAAAUCGAAGAGCGCGAACAGCUCGAGCAUCUCAGCGGUAGCGGCAGAAGAGCCCAACAACUACACGGUCGAUGUGAGCAAGAUGGCUGCAGCGCAAGGUGUCGUCGGGAAGUUCCAAAAUGCUCGUCAUCACAGUGGUACACUGCCUUCCCGCUUCUGCCACAGUAUGUACGCGAGCAGCGAUCAACCGACGAUCAAGAUUGAGCCGCUGGAACCGAUCUACGGUGCGGCUAGCAAGUCCAUGUUUGGGAAGUCUCCGCAAAUGUCUCGUUCGAAUCUCAAUCGCUCACAGUCGGUGUACGCGAAGAGCAAUACCGCGUUGCAUCAGGAGAUCCCUGCCACGGUUGCUGCUACGGCUACUCUACGCCCAGGUGUUCUAGUUCCAGCACAAAGCUUAUAUCCUCUGCGUGUGACACAGCAGCAGCAGCAGCAACAGCCACAUGUGCACACACAAAACCAGAACGUGCAGAACCAGCUCCAUCAGCGAUCGGAGAGUAUCUACGGUAUUCGCAACACGGUUCGGCAGCAGCAACAGUUGGCCGAGCAUCUCACCCAACAGUUGGCUCCCCGACCAAGUCACUCGGAAGCGGGCGGACAAGCGUUUCAGCCCAUCUACUCGGUGAGAAACAAUCCUAGCUGCUCGGCCGACGGUUUGCGAGACGUUCACGAACAAGCCGGUUCCCUUUUCUGAACCGUCUCCUUCCCAUUCAGCUGCGAUAAGGUCAUCAACACGCUGACCCGCUCCGAGCGACCGGAAUCCGUGUACGCUGCGACACGUCGCAUCCAUUCGACGCAUUCGGAUGACAGUUCGUACGGGUCGUACCAUGGAAAUGGGCAGGGAAACACACCACCGACGCGCGAUCAUCAGCAUGGUGGAGCUUACGGUGGAUCGCUGCUGCACCCGGCAUCGAGCUCUCGCACUAUGCCACACCCGCACGGACACAGGGGAGUCGUCAUACACGAUCCGAGCAUGCCACCUCCACCGCCACCGCUCAUGAGCUGCAGCUAAAGCUCUCAACUCUCGUUGCGUUUAAUCUCCACCAAUGAACUCGUAUGGUAGCCGUUAAGUAUAGAAUUGUACGUGUAAUGCUCUAUCUAUCUCUCUGCAAGCGCGUAUUUACAGAUAGUGAUCCUAUUAGACUCUAAGCACGUUAUUUAUAAAAAAAAACAGAACGAAGCCACAGAGCCCCAUAGAGUGUAGUAAUUUAUGGCAGUUUCAGAGCGUGUCACACUCCUGUAUGAUUUGUAGGUGAAGACUGAACGGUAAACCCGGCAUAGAAACACGAACCCCGAACCGAAGAAACCAAUGUAGCGACAUGCACUGUGUUUUUAAGAAUUUAUCGUGAAUAAAAUGUAAUCCUGGUUAAGUGUUGCGUGCGUUUGGA